AAAAAGAUUUAUUUCUAUAUAUUAUUUUGCAAACAUAAAAGAGACAAUUGAUAUUGUUUACCACCUGUCGCAUGGUACAUUGUAUAAGCACCAUAUUUGGAGAGAAAAAAAAAAGUGGAUUUAUCUAUAUAUACUAUAGAAUUGGUGUUUUGAUCCUUUUCCAUCUUACGUUCAAUAGAUCUUGAAAUAUCAUAUAGAGUUCUUUAGAAUAAACAAAGUUUGGGUUCUUACUAGUCUAUCAAUACUAGUUUGUGGGUUUGUAAAACAAAAUUUACGAUUUCAAGUCAAUAGUUUGGUCUUGUUUUUCAUUGGUCGGAUAGUUUUUGGUCUAAACUUUUGGAAAAUGGCUUUGGCACAGAAAACAAGUGUUGGUUCAUCUUGGAACAAGGAUGAUGAUAUUGCUUUCGAGAGAGCCCUUGCAAUUUAUAACGAUAAAACAGAGAUUCGUUGGAAAAAAAUUGCAACAGUUGUUCCUGGAAAAACUUUAGAACAAGUUAUAGAGCAUUACAAUAUUUUAGCUCGUGAUGUUAUGUUGAUUGAAUCUGGAUGUAUACCUCUUCCUGAUUAUGAAUUUUCAGAAGAACCAAAUCAGGAUGCUAGUGAUAAAGAAAGAAGCAUAUUGGAAGGUGGCAACAAUCGUAAAUGCGAGUUUAAGCACAAAGGUAAAUCAAAACUAAAGCAAAAACGACGAAAGGGGAUUCCUUGGACUUCAAUUGAACACAGACAAUUUUUGCUUGGUUUGAAAAAAUAUGGAAAAGGUGAUUGGCGUAGCAUUUCUCGCCACUGCGUGGUGACAAGAACAUCAACUCAGGUUGCAAGUCAUGCUCAAAAAUACUUUGCACAUAUCAACUCAAAAGAUAAGAAAAAAAAGAGGCCAAGCAUUCAUGACAUCACCGUUGUGGAAAAACAAAAACCAAUCACAUGGCAAAACAGAAACAUCAAUGGUGCUACUACUUCCAACACUCAAGCCAAUCAAACCACUUUGCAACAAUCACUAAACCUUCCUAUAUAUGACAGACCCAACAUAUGGAAUACACAAGCUACUCAAGCCAUUUCACAACCAUCACGAAACCAUCCUACAUAUGGUGCAUCCACCACAUGGAACACACAAGCCGCUUUGCAACCAUCAGCCAAUAUUCCUAUGUAUGGAACGUCCACCAUAAGCCAACCAAUGGUUGGACCAAUGCUCUCAACUUUUGGAACAAACCUGAACCGUAUGGCUCCACCUCACAUGACUUCUGGAGUUCAACAUAAACCUUACUACUCGGGUCCUAGUGCACCAAUCAACAUGGAUUCAAUUCCAUACAACAUUGACUUAUAUAACUAGAUCCCAAAGAUAGGUCUUAACCUUCAUGUUUUGUGCUUGUUAUAAAGUGUAAGAGGAAUACUUAUUUCAUCUUGUUGUUGUUUCAUGUGGGAUUAUUUGAUGUUUUUUCUAGGAUCAUAUGGUUAGGGUGUAACAUAUAAACCUAUUUUAAUUUUAAUUUU